AUGGUCGAUAGUGGUGUCCCCCAGGGUUCAGUACUGGGACCCAUUUUGUUCCUUAUCUACGUGGACGAUGCCGCAAGAGCUUUAGACUGUGAAGUAGCAAUGUUUGCGGAUGACAUGAAGAUAUGGAGUUUAAUUCGGGGUCCUGCCGACGAAGACAGACUGCAGAUGAACCUGAAUCGGUUGGAGGAGUGGUCAAACCGUUGGCUCCUCCGGUUCAACGUUGCCAAAUGUAGCAUACUUCGCCUAGGCAACACAGCCAGAUCCGCCAGCACAAGAGUCUACUUUCUGGGCGGUGCAGCCCUACAAGAGGUCGAAGCCCAAAGGGACCUCGGUGUGCUGACGACGAGUUCCCUAAAACCAUCCGCCCACUGUUCGAGGGUGGCAAAAACCGCAAUGUCCGUACUGUACGCCAUCAAGCGUGCGUUUAUGGACUUUGACGAAGAAGCUUUCUCUAAGACAUUCGGAACAUUCGUCCGGCCGCAUUUAGAGUAUGGCAUACAAGCUUGGAGGCCGUGGGCUGUUGUGGAUCAAAACUGCCUCGAAAGAGUCCAGAGGAGAGCCACGAAGAUGGUUAGGGGUCAAAGCUCCUUUCCUUAUGCGACCCGCCUAGUAAAUCUGAACCUCUUUCCUUUGAGUUACAGACAACUUCGCGGAGAUCUCUUGCAAGCCUUCCGCAUUGUAAAGGGGUUGGAUUGCAGUCUGGCCUUCGAGGACUUUUUUGAAUUUGCUACCACGACCAACCUCCGAGGUCACCCGUUAAAACUGCGCACUCAGCAGGCACGGCUGGAUGUGCGGAAGUUCUCCUUCUCGGUUCGGGUGGUCAAACCAUGGAGUGAGCUUCCCGCAGAUGUUGUGAUGUCACCGUCUAUACAAAGUUUUAAGAAGAAUCUGGACAUAUUUAUGUUCCGAAAUGACCAAGAGCGAUGAGACGUCGAGCUCACCCCCUGUAACUCCUUCUCAUUUUGUCCCACCAUUAUGGGCGUGUUCGAACUAUUUCAGCCCAGAACAUCUAUCUGUACACCACAUAUUUUUUACGUUGCAAAUAGGGUCCUCAAAGGCUUACGCCUAUUUCCCUCAAUAAACUGAACUGAACUGAACGAUGAAACGGAGAACCGUCUUGGACACGCCCAAAUCCUUCAGCUCCUGAAGCUCUGUCUCAGGACGUACUUUACGUUCGACGGGACAAUCUACGAACAGGUGGAGGGCACACCAAUGGGUUCGCCGAUUUCGGGAUUCAUCGCCGAGGCGGUCCUGCAACGGUUAGAGUCGCUGGUCUUCCAACACCACAGACCGAAAUUCUGGGCCCGGUAUGUGGAUGAUACCUUCGUCGUCAUCGAACGGGAUCAGGUGUUGACAUUCCAAGAACAUCUCAACGCCGUCUUCCCGGACAUUCAAUUUACGAUGGAGGAGGAAGAGAACAACCAGCUGGCCUUCCUACAUGUCCUCGUAUGCCGCAAGGAUUGUGGUAGACUAAAGACCAAAGUGUUCAGGAAAGCGAUAAAUACGAUGCAAGUACUGAACUUUAACAGGAACCACCCAAUCAGCCACAAACGCAGUUGUGUAAGGACGCUCUAUCGGCGUGUCGAAACGCACUGCAGUGAGCCGGAAGACAAAAUUGCUGAGCUACAAUACCUCCGACGGGUCUUCAAAGCCAAUGGCUACCCGCGCAACUUCGUCGACCGGUGCAUACGCAAAAGGGACGAAAGGCCUAACCGCACGGACACCAAGUCUUGGCGGGCACUUCCGUAUGUCAAGAACGUUUCGGAAGCUGUCGGCCGCCUUCUCGCACCACUUGGGGUUGGAGUGGCACACAGACCGGAGGCAACCAUCAGGCGUCUGAUCAUGAAACCGAAAGACCCACUGCCACGGCUAGAAACGUCUGGAGUCGUUUAUCAGAUCUGGUGCAGUUGCGGACAAAGCAACUACGUCGGAGAAACCGGAAGACAGCUCCGAACGAGAAUGGCCGAACACGCGGCAGCGGUGCGCAGAAAUGACGCCAGCUCUCAAGUUGCAGCUCAUUCGACGAGAUCCGGCUACACAUUUAAAUUCGAUGAGGCCGAAAUUCUCGCAAGAGGUGACAACCGAGUGAGCCGGGAGCUACUGGAAUCAUGGUUUACUGGCCCCCAGUCCAUCAACAAGUGCAACGAUCUUCCCAUUCAAUACAGCGUGCUGAGACUUCGUCUAGGCGGAGUAAUUGGCCACGCCGGGAGCGCACUGGUGAACACUCUUCCCAACACCCGGGUCAACGCGUCAGAUGGUCGAGCAAUCAUCACGCCAACAUCCAACGCACGUGAUGAAAUUGCAGCAAUUAUCGACUCGAAUGUCAGCCAUCAAGCAAUGAUCACACCAAGUGUGACAAUCCCGGAUGAAGGGAGAGCCGUGAACGUUCAUAGCUAUGCGGUAGCAUGGCUACUGCAUCCUAUAAAUACCGCAGCCCCUUGUGCAACAACCACACGUUUCUGCUCUUUUGUCUCUGAUGAUGGAUUCGAGUAG